CAGAAAUCAACAUGCUCAAGUCACAAUGCUGUGAACAUGGCAGACACAAAAUAUAACUAUGGACUUGCUGCCACAGGUUUAGGUACUGUCGACUGUGCUUGCCACAACAUGAAAUGGCCCAAUGCUGUUGGAGAUCUCCAAAAGGGUGAAAGGUAA